CUUCAAAGCUGAUGCACACAAAGAUGCACGCUAUCAAUCUAAUUGAUAAUUUUUAGCCGACAGUAUCAAUCUACACUGGUGAUAACUUUCGAAGAAUUCUUGCAAUUUUUUUCAAUUUAGCUACAUUGCCUCGUAAUGAGACAACUUUUUUUCCUUCUAUGCAUUGGACGACAUCUUGCUGAGCUUAAAUUUUUUGACGAUACCGGGUAAUAUGCAAAUAAGUCUGGCGCUUCCAUCCACCAGACACAACAACUGUUAUUAAAUUGAGGACCAAGUCUCGGUGGAUACCGUUAAUUGGUGACAUAUAAGUGUUCGUUAUACUCGAAUUGUAUAAUAGAGCUACGUGAUAAAUAUGCUACCGGAUACUGGGAGCUAGAUACACUCAAAGCACAAAUUUCCAAUAUCAAUUGUAUUGGAAUUCGUUUUUUAGUGCGGUAUCCGUACAUCCUACCUGAAAUGUUAUGUAAAUGUUGGUACUAACUUGAUCUGCCAAGAUUGUUAGAAUGCUGAUGUUACUUUUGGUGAGUGUACAAUUCUUAAGGCUUGAAGUCUUAAUUAUCUUGAUUUUUUUUAAUAAUGAAUUGGUUAAAAUUAUUUUUAAUUCUAUGAGCUGCGACAUAGAUAAGAGGGGUGCUAAUAUGAAGACAUACCGGAAGUGCAUUAUUCUUCCGGUAUAAAUUAAUUUUUUAAUCGAAAUAAUGAGUAUUUAUUUAUGCUCAUGGUUAUGUAUAAAUUUCCAAAUUGCUAGCUAACUGAGAUGGCUCAAUCUCAUUAAACUGAGUUGUCAAAAAUUAACACAAGUAUUGAGAAUAGUGGAUUAGCAUACACACAGAAUUUCGUUAGAGUAGAUUUGUUAAAUCCCAAUUUAAAAUGUAAUUCAUCUAUGUAUUCGCUGCGAUUAAUUUCUCCAUUCCCAUAGGAAUUCAAAAGAAAAUUUAUUAGCAUUGUACCUUGACGGAUAUGGCGCUAACAGCUUUAUUUAAGCCUGUAAAAUUUUCGUCUUCUUAGAUAUUCCUUACAAGGUUUGGGAGAUAAAUAUUCAGACGAGCUAACGGCAUCCUGUUCAUUGUUGCGUCAGAUACUGAGAAAGCUUCGUGCAAAUCAGUAACGGAAACUGAUUGUUCUGUAAAAGAAAUUAUCUUUAGGAUAUUCGAAGUGACUAUCAAUGAUGCGGGGCGGUUUUCUUGAGAAUUUGUUUCUCUUUGUCUCGCCUUCCUCUCUCUCAUGAAUAUAUGCGCGUGCUUAGGCAAGUUAUCAUGCAUUCACAAGUUAACAAGCUUCCCGAGGUAUUCAUUCUAAUCCCACAAAGAAGAUGGAAAUCGCUGGGAAAAUCCUGCGCCACGCCGCCGUGGUCCUCGCACUUAUCCACCUCGCGUGUGGCGUGACCUGCGGCACCGACUACGUGCUUAUCGGCAGCAGCUGCUAUAGGUUCAACCAGGCUGUCCGGUCCGCGUCUGAAGCGGAGGCCUUUUGUAACGCGGAGGGUUCCUCGCUCGCCGACAUCAACGGCGAGGCUGACAAGGCAGCCAUCAUCGCCCACAUCAACGCCAACUUUGCGGGUACCUACUGGACUGCUGGUCGUGGUGAAAGCGGGCGCUACGUGUGGGGUGGCAGUGAGGUGGAGGUGCCCAGCCAGUGGCGUGGUAGACGCUUCAGAUCUGGCAGCGACAUGUGUGUUUACGUCUGCUCCCACACCCACAGGCUGUGGGAAGACCUCUGCUCCACGCCGAAACGCUACAUCUGCAAGCAGCGCUACACCCUGGGAACGGAGGGCGUCGAGGUUUACUAAUUCCUCCUGAAACAGCGAUGUCCUACAUGAUACAUGAAUGCCUGUUGCUUUUUAGUACCAGUGUAGGAUGACUGUCGAAGAUCGGCUGAAGGUCUCCUUUGCUUAAUAUGACUUCCGAUGCUACAAGGAUUGCAUUCGGUAAAAAAACUCGACGAUUCCAAUAAUUUAAGCACCUGUACCAAUUGAAACGUCAGAUUACCCACGACCAUUCAUCAAUUAGCCUUUUCAGUGAAAAAUAAUAAAAAUUAAAGCCUCCUUGUAAAUGAA